AUGUCAAGUCCAUUGAAGCGCAAGGCCGACAAGCCAGCAACUUCUACCACUGCGAAGAAGCAGAAGUUCGUAGUCCCAGAGUAUCAUACGACCCCUCAACGACGCGAUGAAACCGGUGAAAUUGUGUGGCCAGCGCGGAAAGAGCAAAUUGAACGAGCAAGACAGAUCACCAAAGAAUGUGCUGAAGCGCAGAAACCGAUAGUCAUACUACCUGAUAAGGAUGCAGACGGGCUGUCAUCUGGUGCAAUUUUGCAUCACACGCUCACUUCGCUCGGGCUUUCGCCUAAUCUGAUCUCUGUGUACUUUCCACCAAAAGGAUCUAACGUGCAUGAUGAUGCUACCAAAGAAGCACUCACUGAGAUGGCUCCAUCGUACGUCUUCGUGCUAGAUCAAGGAAGUAGAAAAGGCGCGGCAUUGCUUGACCUACCGCACACGUGCCUGAUAGUUGAUCACCAUUUUGCAGAAGAAGGGGGCUUUCCGGAAGGUGCUGAUUACGUUACUGCACACGACUGUCCGCCUGUAGCGACCACUUCACUUUUGGUCUACCACAUCUGCCUACCUCUCCACCCUGAUCUUAGCAUUAAGAUCUCAUGGCUCGCUGCAAUGGGCACUCAUGGCGACCUUGGAACGACACUAAAGUGGGAGCCACCGUUUCCUGACAUGACCGCAAUAUUCAAGCGCUACUCAAAGAAAGCUAUCAACGAUGCAGUCGGAUUGGUCAACGCACCGAGACGGUCUGCUGCCUACAACGUUAAAGAUGCAUGGGAUGCUGUUAUAUCUGCGCCUGGUCCAGAGACGAUCAAGACGACCGAGAAACUACACGACGCAGCCUUCGAAGUACGCCGCGAGACCGAACGCUGCACACAUACAGCACCCAAGUUUUCCGCUGACGCAACCAUCUGCGUUCUUACCAUCUCCUCUGCCACGCAGAUCCAUCCUGUUAUCGCAACCCGCUGGGCCGGCCACCUCAAGUCGAACAAACUCGAGAUUGUUAUGUGUGCGAACGAAGGCUAUCUUCCCGGUAAAGUGAACUUCUCAUGCCGCAUCGCGAAGGUCGCUCGAGGUCGCGAGGGGGAUGAGAAGGUUGACAUCAUAAAGCGAUUGGAGGGCAUUGUAAAAGACCACCCAGAGCUCAGGGAUCGACUCGGCGAGAGCUUUGCAAGAGGUCAUAAGGAAGCUACUGGUGGUAUUGUGGGAAAGAAAGAGUGGAACGAGCUGAAAGUUAUCAUGGGUUUGGAUGACAGCAAGACGAAAAAGAAGAAAUUGGAAAAAGAAAAUGGUACGCCGAUCACUACGAAGAAGAUGCCGGCUCAGAAGAACACGCUUGCGAACUACUUCGCAAAGGCCUGA